AUGAACUCCACCGAGCCCCUUGAGGAUGCUCCCAACGGCACGUUGCUGCGCGCGCCUCGCUCCCAGGGAGGAAACGGCACCGCCGUCCCGGGGGACCUCCAGCACCUCAUGCACACGGCCACUCUGGUCACCUGUACUUUCCUGCUGGCGGUCAUCUUCUGCCUGGGCUCUUACGGCAACUUCAUUGUCUUCUUGUCCUUCUUUGAUCCAGCCUUCCGCAAGUUCAGAACCAACUUUGAUUUCAUGAUCCUCAACCUGUCCUUCUGUGACCUCUUCAUCUGUGGAGUGACCGCCCCCAUGUUCACCUUCGUGCUCUUCUUCAGCCCCGCCAGAAGCAUCCCAGAUGCUUUCUGCUUCACCUUCCACGUCACCGGUUCGGGCUUCAUCAUCAUGUCCCUCAAGACCGUGGCGGUGAUCGCCCUGCACCGGCUCCGCAUGGUGCUGGGGAAGCAGCCCAAUCGCACCGCCUCCUUUCCCUGCACCGUGCUUCUCACUCUGCUCCUCUGGGCCACCAGUUUCACUCUGGCCACGCUGGGCACGCUGAAAACCAGCAAGUCCCACCUCUGCCUUCCCAUGUCCAGUCUGACGGCUGCAGAAGGGAAAGCCAUCGUGUCUCUGUACGUGGUGGACUUCACCUUCUGCGUGGCCGUGGUGUCGGUCUCCUACAUCAUGAUUGCGCAGACGCUGCGGAAGAACGCUCAAGUCCGGAAGUGCCCCCCCGUGGUCACCGUGGAUGCUUCCAGACCGCAGCCUUUCAUGGGGGCCCCCGGGAAGGGAGGGGGAGAUCCCGUGCAGCGUACCGUGCCGGCUCUCUACAGGAACCAGAAUUACAACAAGCUGCAGCACAUUCAGACCCACGGAUACGCCAAGAGUCUUAACCAGGUGCCCCCCACGGCGGCCAGCCGGCUCCAGCUCGUGUCGGCUGUCAAUCUGUCCACGGCUAAGGACUCCAAGGCGGUGGUCACCUGCGUGAUUAUUGUGCUGUCCGUCCUGGUGUGCUGUCUCCCCCUGGGGAUUUCCUUGGUGCGGGUGGUCCUGUCCAGCAAUGGGAGCUUCAUCCUCUACCAGUUUGAACUGUUUGGAUUUACCCUUAUAUUUUUCAAGUCAGGGUUAAACCCUUUUAUAUAUUCUCGGAACAGCGCGGGGCUGAGAAGGAGAGUACUCUGGUGCCUCCAGUACGUCGGCCUGGGUUUUUUCUGCUGCAAACAGAAGACUCGACUUCGAGCCAUGGGCAAAGGGAACCUGGAGGUCAACAGAAACAAGUCGUCCCAUCAUGAAACAAACUCCGCCUACAUGUUGUCUCCAAAGCCCCAGAAGAAAUUUGUGGACCGGGCUUGUGGCCCAAGUCACUCGAGGGAAAGUGUGGUCAGUCCCAAGAUCUCUGCUGGGCACCAGCCCUAUGGUCAGAGCAGCUCAACCCCCAUCAACACCCGCAUCGAACCGUACUAUAGCAUUUAUUACAGCAGCCCCUCCCAGGAAGAGAGCAUGCCGCCGAACUUACCGCCAGUAAACUCUUUGGGAUUUGCCAAUUCCUAUAUUGCCAUGCAUUAUCACACCACUAAUGAUUUAAUGCACGAAUACGACAGCACACCGGCCAAGCAGAUCCCAGUGCCCUCCGUGUAG